UCAAGCCAAAACCAGAGUUGUAAACAUUAGAAGAUUAAAACCCUACCGGGGGGAAACGAAAAGAUGGUUUGUGUCAGGAUCAGACAGAGUAUUGAGACCGUAAACACCAUUAGGACCAUAGUGCAUGAUAACCAAAGAGUACGGUUAGGUAAAGAUGAAUUUCAUAUAUGUUGCAGAGACAUAAUGUUCCGGUACAAUCAACAUGAGUACGCCUGCGAAAAUGUCCUGUACCAGUGCGAGGAGUGUGGGAGAAGAUUUCAUACCCAGCAGAAACUAAACCACCAUCGUAGAAAUGAUCAUGGUCCCAGAAUCAGAUGUACCGAGUGCAGUUAUACUACCACUCAGGCGCGGCGCCAUCGCAUGAGGGACCACAUGAGGAUCCAUCAGCGGGAGAGACAGAAUAGACCUAGUCCCCGACCUAUUUUAAAGUCAACGGUGCAAUUUCCACCACCCGUGAAGACUGAGCACACCCCACCCCAACAGCGCCUUCUACAACAAAGUAACUCCCCGCAAAUUUCACCCCUGAUGUCAGAGUGGGAGGGAUCUCCACAGGUUACCCUUGGUGAGGAGGUGGAGCUACAUGAGACCCUCGCAGAGGCCAUGGGGUGGACCCAUUACAACAGUGUGGAUCAGGACAGUGCAAGAAAGGAGACCCCAGACAAGAAGGCAAGUGUGGAGGAGACAUCCCUGCCAUCUGGAUUACCCACCAUGCCGGAAUCAGCCAGCCUAUCAAAGGAGAUGACCCCGCCACCCUUGUCGGAAGCAACCUGCGAGAGGAGUAAGUCACCAUUACAGCCGAGGAUAACCGAGACAACAGCUGCAAGUACGGGAGGAAUCACAGAGACCAUCACGAGAACGGAGGGCAUUCCAACGGAGACUCUGGAUAAUUUAGCAGAGGAUCCGCGUUUCUUCUUCCUGGGAGCGCCUAGCACCAUUUUACAGGGGAACACAGCCCAACUAAUGAGGAGAACCCGUAUGGCCGCCAGGAGGAAGGGACAGCUGAGAAGACAUUUCGUCCCGUUGGGAUACCUCAGUGUGAGAAGAGAGGAAGUUGCCACCCUACCUGAUGGGACAACAUACCGGCUUAUAGACUACUGGACGCGGGAUCCUGAGUGUAAGAGAACGAGAGAGUGUUCCACCCAGACAGAGUGAGGUAUGAGUGUAGGUAUGUAUAUGUGUUGAAAGACUAGGACGUGUGUAUUUAGUGAGAAAGAGAGAGACGAGGAUCAGGAAAUAUUGAGAAUUUUAGGGUUGAAGUAGGAAUUGUAUAUAUAUAGUUGUUAUUGAUUAGAUGCAUGUAUCUACAGUAUGUAGUGGAAUGUAAGAGAUUGGGGUGGAUGAAAGUUGAGUGUUAAGAGCCUGUGCUACCAGUAGUGUACAUAUGUAAAUAUUUAUGUAAAUAACUUGUAUAUUCAACUUAUUCAAUACUUAUGUAGAAAUAAUGUGUUAGUACACUUGUUACAUGUAUAUAUUUAUAAUUGUGCGCUAUGAUCAAGUGAUGAUAAGUAUUCAGGUACUUAUACCUGUAUCAUUAUAGAAGUGAAGAUGUUAUUACUAGUCAAAGUUAAUAUUAGUUAUCUAUAGUUCAGCUAAAAGCUUUGUUAUUUAAACUGUAUGAUUUAUGUUUGUUCAAAUGGAGGUUAUAAUUACCGCAUUGUAUUUAAAUUAUAAAGUGUUAUGUCCGGGGCGGACAUUUAAGUGCGUUGGGGGUAUUGUAACGUUCCCCGGUUCACAAAAUUGCUAGGUAUGUGUGUGAGAAAGAUCGUUGUUGGCGUUUAACAUAUCGUAUGGAAUCAGAGAGUAUUUGAAGAAAGUUGUCUGCUUGUGGUGAACAUGCCGAGUGUUGUACGAGAGGGAAAUUAUCAUCAUUCUACUUUGAAGAAUAAUUGUCAGCGGGAAUCUGCGUUAUUCCCUUAUCUAUUAGAUCAUAUGCUAUCUAUCCAUACCUAUGUUACCUUUAUAAUUCGCCAUUUAUCGGCACAGUUCAUAGUUUUCUGUAAUUUAUCUCGAUGUAGAUUGUUGUCAACAUGCUGUUCUCCGGUGCGUUGCUUGUGCGCAUGUCUGCGGCCGGAAGUCGUCAUUUAUAUGAUUAACCAAUCAAAUAAUUGUCCCGACACGUGAAUUUAUUCGCGGGACACUAUCCCGAUUUCGGGACUUCUAGACUAAAAACAUCAGUCACGUCUCAGCAGCCAGAGAGAUCGGUAGGUUUAUUUAAGGUUCAGAACCGCUAACCAGGUUCGAGCGUGACUCACUCUCUAUUUUUCCUAGGGAACAAUUCCUAUCGUCUGUCAUGUAAGGUAGAACUAUAUUUAACAGGGAUUCCCCUGAUUUACGUCAUUUACAUUAUCUAGGUCAAUUUUACGCACGUCUGUUUACAUUUACUAUCGUAGUGACUUAGUGCUUUUACAAGUGUAAAGCGGUAUUAUUGAAUGUGUUACAUAAGUGAAUUCAAGUUUAUACUGAAAUAUAUUUAAUCUGAGUAAGGUGACAUAUCUAUAGAAGUGAGUUUGGGAGACUAUUCAUUGGGUGAACGAUAAUUCAUUGUAUCAAUUUAUUACUAUCAUUCACGUUGGUCUGUGGUGUUUACAGUCAGCAUAUAA